AUGACGAAUCCACUCCUGCUGCCCGAGGUCAUUGAGACGGUCAUGGACCAUAUCGACACAGUCCCCGACCUUCUGAACUGCGCCUGCGUCAACAAAAUAUGGAACAUUCGCGCAUUGAAGCGACUUUACAAAGGAACAUUGAAUGACAUGCGAUACCGCACGCCCGACAUUGGGUCCCUCAACUGCCUCUUCGUGGCAUCACGAGAACGCUUUGUGCGGAAUAUGGGCUUUGUGAAACACCUGCUGCUGCAUCCAGAGAAACCCUUGACCCGGGACGCUGAAUCGGGGUUCGCGACUAUUGUUUCUGGGGAGUCGUGUCGCGCGUUGCGGCAUCGUCGAUAUGCCGAAGCGCUUCUGCAGCCGGAGGGUGGGAGCGGGCUUCGUAGUCUUACGAUUCCGUUUAUGAUUGCAAACCAGAGUUGGAGCCCUGUGAUUUCUCCGAGUCUUGAAUUUCUAGCUGUUAAUGUCGAUUACUGCUCGUGGGUGGUAGCUGGUUGCAUUGGCACCUUGGACCAAUCAAGCAAUCAGGAGCUAUUGAAGGGGAGACUCUCACAUCUUAAAGCUCUCACACUCUACCAUUGUGGCGGGGGUCUGAUAGGACACUAUCUCUACGACAUGGUUGCAUGCUGUGAUCUGGAAUUUUUCCACUUUGAGGACUGGAAGUCAAACCCACUACUUUCAUCUGAUAUUAUGAAGCUCCUAACCAGUCUCAAAACACAUCAUAAUCUCAAAGCAUUGGCACUAAAGACCAACCUUAAGCGCAACGAAAAUCGAGGAAUGAUCGCAAGCGCGGAUGGAUGGGCCAAGGCAUGGCCAGACCUAAGAGCAUUGUAUCUCGGGCACGUUGACCAAAACCGACUAAACGAAAUCGUGAAGUUUAAAAAACUCGAGAUUCUCAGCCUCAACGAUGACAACACCUACCAUACCGACGACAAUCUAUAUUCCAUAGCAGGAAUUGCCACUUGUAAAAACCUGCGGGUCCUUGAUAUCUGGCUCCGUCGGUUUGAUACCCAGGAAAUCAUCUUCAAGAUCGCGCAUAGCUGCCCGCUACUACGACGGCUGAGCGUGAGAAGCGCGUAUGCAUCCGACUAUUAUGAGACCCCGGACAAUAAUGUUUUGCUUUCCCUGCUGCGGAUCCUGCCACAUAUAGAGUAUCUCAACCUCGAUUGGAGUAUUGAGUUGAUCGGUGAUGCGAUUCAGGAGCUAGCAGUCAACUGCCCCAAUCUGACUGUGCUCAGAUUGCGUUGCGGUCGAAUAUUCACCUCCCUCGCGCAGCUACAAAACAAUGACGCGUUCAAGAGAUUAGAGAUUCUGGAAAUCUUGGAAAUAUUAUUUGAAAAUAGCAAAAAUUUAAUGGAAGGGCCUGACUUCCCAGUUCUCGCAAUGGAGUGGCGCAGAGUAUUCCCCAAAAUUCGAGCAGUGCCGUGCGUCGAUGAUAUUCGUGGUUUCGAAUUGGAGAGGAGAUAUCAAGAAAAAGUACGAGCCGGCAGUAUUGAGGAAAUCCCUAUCAGAGAAGAGAGACCUGGCCAUAUUGACUGGGACGCUGACAGAGAAGAAGAAUUUUCUGACUCGCAAUCAGAUGAUUAUGAUGGUAACGGGAGUGGCCAAUACAAGCGCAGAUCCUACCCUACUCUUCUACGAUUGAAGCUUUGGGAAGAGCUCGACUAUGAACGGGACAAGACGAUAUACGAUAGAGUCGCCAAUAAGUGGCAGGCAGACUUUGAGAUUGAGAAAGUUGGAUGGCCGAUAGUGCCUCUGAAAGCUUUUGGGAGUGAGAAUAUCAUUUGA